GGAGGUGCUCAACUUGCAAAAGGCUGGAUUUGAAAAAGUGGCAGGGGAAAAAAAACGUGCUUGGGGGGUGGGGGCGAAUCUCAGAGGGACCCACAUUUCUGCAAAUGAGUACUUUCUCGCUGCAUAGAGUUGUCAAGAAUCCCCCGAACCAUACAGGACAAGAGAUCCUUUUGGGGGGUUUCGCCCCCGCUCUCUGCUUGUUUUAAACUUUGGGGAGCUCGAGAGCGAAGGACGGGCAGCCUCAGGAAUCGAGGAGCCCCGAGGCUUCCCUCCCUCCCAAUCCUCCUCCUCCCUCCCAUGGAAGUCCAGGGGGCUUUCCCAGCCUGUGGAAGACUGGGUGACUGGAGGCGGAGGAAAAGCAGCAGGAGCAGCCGCAGCAGCACAUGAAUCGCCUCCGUAGUGCAAAGAAGCCCUCGCUUCGCUCGCUCUCGCUCUCCUCCACGGUGCGCUCUGCGCAGAGGGAGCCGCGCCGACCAAACCCAAGCCGCAAACUUGGAGCGGCGGGGCUGGUUGCUGGUGUCAAUCCGUCGGUCUGCAAGAGCCCAUCGCGGCUUCCCUGCUGCCCCGCUGAAGAGGCACAAUUUCAGUAGAAGACAGUAUCCAGGGAACCCACCUUUCUCUUGGAGAUGCACAUUGGUUGUUGCUAAGAUUGCUUCCACAAUAACAUGUGCAUCCUGUUUACACCUUCAUCUGAAGAAGCUGGACUUGGCUAGUAUCAUCGGCUUCACCUGGGGAGCUGUAGAAGAAGUGUUGGUUUCCCCGCUUCCCUCUUCAAUCCUGCCAUUUCUCCUGGGAUCCUCUGUUUUUCCCUGAGGUAUUGGCCUACUGGCUGUAGAACUGGGCUGCUUUCUGGAAGGAACACCGAAGUUUCUAUUGCCUGCUGCGAUUUCAUAAAGAUAAGGAGCAAGACUGGUAAAGAAGUCACACACAUCCUUUCUUGCACUGUUUCUUGUUGAACUUGCCAGGGAUUUUUUUGUCAAGAUGACGAACAACUCUGCAGAUCACCAUCCCGGGAACUCGGUUGCUGAGGGCAACCAUGAGGGGGACUUUGGUUGCUCCGUAAUGGACCUGCGGAACCUCAUGGAACUUCGCAGCUCAGAGGCAGUCAGCAGGAUAAAUGACACCUAUGGGGGAGUGCAUAACAUUUGCAAGAGAUUGAAGACCUCGCCUGUGGAAGGCCUGUCAGGGAACCCUGCUGAUCUCGAGAAAAGAAGGCAAGCGUUUGGCCAGAACUUCAUUCCACCAAAAAAGGCCAAAACCUUUCUACAGUUGGUUUGGGAAGCGCUUCAGGAUGUCACAUUGAUCAUCUUGGAAAUUGCAGCCAUAAUCUCCCUGGGUCUGUCUUUCUAUCGCCCUUCUGAUGGCAACAAUGAUCAGUGUGGGCAAGCAACAGGUGGAGUAGAAGAUGAGGGUGAGUCCCAGGCUGGCUGGAUUGAAGGAGCAGCGAUCCUCUUCUCAGUUAUCAUUGUGGUGCUGGUUACAGCCUUCAAUGACUGGAGCAAAGAGAAGCAGUUCCGGGGCCUCCAAAGCCGCAUCGAACAGGAGCAGAAGUUCACAGUUAUCCGCAAGGGGCAGGUUAUCCAAAUCCCUGUGGCUGAGAUUGUGGUGGGGGACAUUGCUCAGAUCAAGUAUGGGGACUUGUUGCCAGCAGAUGGAAUCCUGAUCCAAGGCAAUGAUCUCAAAAUUGAUGAGAGCUCUCUAACAGGGGAAUCAGAUCAAGUGAAGAAGUCUCUAGAUAAGGACCCCAUGCUGCUUUCUGGUACUCAUGUGAUGGAAGGCUCUGGUCGAAUGGUGGUCACAGCUGUGGGUGUCAACUCACAAACUGGAAUAAUUUUCACUCUUCUGGGAGCAGGGGAAGGAGAUGAGGAGAAGAAGAUCAAGAAAGGUAAAAAACCAGGAGUCCCUGAAAAUCGCAACAAAGCAAAAACUCAGGAUGGUGUGGCCCUGGAGAUCCAGCCACUGAAAAGCCAAGAAGGGGUGGAAAAUGAGGAGAAGGAGAAGAAGAAAGUGAAGAUCCCGAAGAAGGAGAAGUCUGUACUUCAGGGGAAACUCACCCGCUUGGCAGUUCAGAUUGGAAAAGCAGGACUAAUCAUGUCAGCCAUCACUGUCAUUAUCCUAGUGCUGUAUUUUGUGAUUGAUACCUUUGGGAUUCAGGGAAGGAGCUGGACAGCUGACUGCACCCCUAUCUACAUCCAGUAUUUUGUCAAGUUCUUCAUCAUUGGUGUCACCGUGCUAGUAGUGGCUGUGCCUGAGGGCUUGCCCUUGGCUGUCACCAUCUCUUUGGCUUACUCUGUGAAGAAAAUGAUGAAAGAUAACAAUUUGGUUAGGCACCUGGAUGCUUGUGAGACCAUGGGCAAUGCUACUGCUAUCUGCUCAGACAAGACUGGUACCCUCACCAUGAACCGUAUGACUGUGGUGCAGGCCUAUGUGGGUGAUACCCACUACCGACAGAUCCCUGACCCUGACGUCAUCCUUCCUAAGACCCUGGACCUCAUUGUCAAUGGUGUUGCAAUCAACUCUGCUUAUACUUCCAAAAUCCUGCCACCAGAAAAAGAAGGGGGCCUCCCACGCCAGGUUGGAAACAAGACAGAAUGUGCACUUUUGGGCUUUGUUCUGGACUUGAAACAGGAUUAUCAAGCAGUCCGCAACGAGGUACCUGAGGAAAAACUCUACAAGGUCUACACCUUCAAUUCUGUCCGUAAGUCUAUGAGCACGGUGCUGAAGAAUCCCGAUGGAAGCUUUCGCAUGUACAGCAAAGGAGCUUCUGAGAUCAUCCUGCGCAAAUGCACAAAGAUCUUGGACAAAGAUGGGGAACCCCGAAUAUUUAAGGUGAAGGAUCGGGAUGAGAUGGUGAAAAAAGUCAUCGAGCCAAUGGCUUGUCAUGGGCUGCGUACUAUUUGUCUGGCCUACCGGGAUUUCCCUGCUAGUGUUGAGCCUGACUGGGAUGCUGAGAAUGAGAUCCUGUCUGACCUUACCUGCAUCACUGUGGUGGGCAUUGAGGACCCAGUUCGGCCAGAGGUGCCUGAAGCUAUCCAGAAGUGCCAGCGUGCUGGUAUUACAGUUCGGAUGGUUACAGGUGACAAUAUCAACACAGCACGUGCCAUUGCCACCAAGUGUGGGAUCUUAUUGCCUGGGGAGGACUUCUUGUGCCUGGAAGGGAAAGAAUUCAACCGGCUUAUCCGCAAUGAGAAAGGAGAGGUGGAACAAGAGCAACUGGAUAAGAUCUGGCCCAAGCUACGAGUCUUGGCCCGGUCUUCCCCCACAGAUAAACAUACGCUUGUGAAAGGUAUUAUUGACAGCACCACUGGAGAACGAAGAGAGGUAGUAGCUGUAACUGGCGAUGGCACCAAUGAUGGCCCAGCCUUGAAGAAAGCAGAUGUGGGAUUUGCUAUGGGCAUUGCUGGAACAGAUGUUGCUAAAGAAGCCUCAGACAUCAUCCUGACAGAUGAUAACUUUACAAGUAUUGUCAAGGCAGUUAUGUGGGGACGCAACGUGUAUGACAGCAUCUCCAAAUUCCUGCAGUUUCAGCUAACAGUCAAUAUAGUUGCUGUCAUUGUGGCUUUCACAGGUGCUUGUAUCACACAGGACUCUCCUCUCAAGGCCGUCCAGAUGUUGUGGGUAAACUUGAUCAUGGAUACCUUUGCCUCAUUAGCCCUUGCCACUGAACCCCCAUCAGAAUCCUUGCUCUUGCGCAAGCCAUAUGGCCGCAACAAACCACUUAUUUCCCGCACCAUGAUGAAGAACAUCCUGGGGCACGGUGUGUACCAGCUCACCAUUAUCUUCACGUUGCUCUUUGCAGGUGAGAAGUUUUUUGACAUAGACAGUGGUCGGAACGUUCCACUCCAUUCCCCACCGUCUGAGCACUACACCAUCGUCUUCAACACUUUUGUCAUGAUGCAGCUUUUCAAUGAGAUUAAUGCUCGUAAAAUCCAUGGUGAGAGGAAUGUCUUUGAGGCCAUUUUCCGCAAUCCCAUCUUCUGCACAGUGGUGCUGGGAACUUUUGUUGCACAGAUCAUCAUUGUGGAAUUUGGUGGGAAGCCAUUCAGCUGUUCAGGGCUCACCUUGAGUCAGUGGUUCUGGUGUAUUUUCAUUGGUGUAGGUGAACUUCUUUGGGGGCAGGUGAUUUGCACCGUUCCAACCAACCAACUGAAGUUCCUGAAGGAGGCAGGACAUGGCAUUACCAAGGAGGAUAUUCCAGAGGAAGAACUACCAGAGGACCUAGAUGAAAUUGACCAUGCUGAAAUGGAGCUCAGACGGGGACAGAUCCUGUGGUUCCGGGGCCUCAACAGAAUACAGACUCAGAUGGACGUAGUUUACACAUUCCAGACCGGCGCCUCCUCUUUACAGGGAGCCCUCAGGAGACAGCCUUCCAUCGUGAGCCAACACCACGAUGUAAAAAAUGUUUCUAGCCCAACCCAUAUCAAAGUGGUGAAUGCAUUCCGUAGCUCCCUGUACGAAGGCCUCGAGAAACCCGAAUCCAGAAGCUCCAUUCAUAACUUCAUGACUCACCCAGAGUUCAUCCUGGAGGAAGAUGAGCCUCGGACCCCAUUCUUCGAUGGUGCCGAAGAAGACCUGGAAGAUGAAGAACUCAAAAAGCAAAGUGGAGAGAACCCAGGCGAGUCCUCACCCCUCAACAAAAAUAACAAUGCAGUGGACGGCGAUAUAGCUGAGGACACCAUUCCAGAUCUAGAAAGCCCUUUACACAGCUUGGAAACAUCGGUUUGACCUCUGAACUGUGAUCCUCCUGCUUUGUUCCCCCUCAUGCAACACAGGCACCUACAUCUGACCACACACUAUGGCCACUUCCUUUCUAAGGGUCAUAUAUAUAUAUUCCCUUGCCCCUUUCUCCCUUAAUAAUGAUUUAGCUGUAAGAACCCCAGGACCACAUGGUCAGAGUUUUGCUGCUUAGCAGUGAUUUGGGCAAAGGUGCCUCUCUCAAGUGAGAAACCAUCACAUUAAUACAUUUUCUCCUUGAUCUAACCACAUGUCAUUAGUAAUAGUUGUUUUGUUUGCAUGUUUAAAAGAAACAAGAUUCAGAUUAUCUGAAAGAGCUAUGUGACCAGCAUCUGAUGAUGCAGCUGUGCUAAUAGCUUCUUUUGUACUUGCAGAAUCUGAAUCAAAUAACUCCACACGUUAUUGAGGAACAGUUGGGAGAAUGCCAAGUGGAUGUAAUUCCUUUAUAGAGGAAAGUGAGGUCUUAGAUAUAAAAAGUGACCCAGUCUUCCAUUGUGGGGGCAGGGGGAAUGAUACAGGACUCCUAUCAUUUUUCUGUAUGCAUAUAUACUUCUUACUCUCUCUGUUUCCAUGGUAAUAUCAACCAAACAGGAGAUGAGGGUGACUUAAAAGGUCUUAAAAUGGAUGUAAUUGCAAAUAAGUGAUGUAGUUGCAGAUAAGGCAAAGCCACAAGGAGAUAUGUAUUCUCUGAGACUGAAAUUAGGUGGUACAUAACUAGGCAUGUGCUGGGUAUGAGUUAAGAGCAAAUUAUUUUGGAAGUCUAUAUUAGUAGAUCAGUCUGUGUAGGGGAGGUAUACUUUGAUUUGAUAUUUGCAAUUUUGUCUAUCCAGUCAAUAACUCUUAGGGCCUAUAAAGUAAAUAUCCCAAGUUCACCCCUGGUAAAGGAUGAUUCCAAAUAAGGUGGCCUAAAUGUAAGCUAUAACCCUGUCUAGUUUUAUGAAAGGUUGUUAUAGGGAUGGAGUAUUAUAAGGUAAUCUCUUCAAAGAGAUGAGAAAUUGUACAGCCAGUUCAGCUGUAAUCAUAAGCUGUCAGUCCCUAUAGUAACUAACUCCGUAAGGAAAACUGCAAGGCUUUAUAUAGCUGGGACGCUUUGGCCCUUUAUGCAUAGAAUGCUUGCCUUGGGAUUCUUCAUGAGCUCCUCAGUGCGCAGUACACUUGCACAGGGGUCUCCUUGCAGUUUUCUGUUUACACGCAAGGAGGCACUUUCUCCUGGGCAUGCAGUUUUUCUAUAGAGAACUGUUCAGGCCUGGUUCUCUUAACUCUGACCAUCAAGUGAUUCUUAAAGGUACAAAUCUUAAAAGGCACAGACCUCCUUACACCCAGUACUCAAAAUUGCUGGCUUAGCCUUUUAACUUGACUUUUAUCCAUAUUACUGUUCCAAAAAUAAUCCCUCCCUCCAAAUGAGAAAGCAAAGCAAUUCCGUGGACCACACACUAUCAAAAAAGGGGACAUAGAGCCCUGAUAUUCUGUCCCCCCUCCUUUCCUGCUGCUAUUGCUGGAGAAUAGAGAGGCUUGUUAUUUCCAAGCACUCUCUGUUCUUAUGUUGAGAUACCAAUCUAUCAACAUGAAAUGCAGAGGUUGGUGUGUUUUGGCUAAGCCUGUGUGAGUGAGCUUCUUUUCUUUAACUUGAACCAGACAGCAGCAUGGGUGGGGGGGAGUGCAGUGAGAUAGAAGGCAGUGCAAGGAAGAGGGAAGAUCUCCAGGGGAAAAUUGUGUUCACUGGCAAAUUUCCCCAUUCUGGCAACAAAGAAAAUUUAAAGUCAUGCUAAAAGUGGUCUCAUUUUGCUAUGAAAAGAAUGGAAAGUGAAAGCAGGGCUCCAGAAAAUAGGUCUGUACAAGAAAUCUUGCUGCCAUUGACAUUUGUCCCCAUCACAUAGCAAGCAGAUUGUGCAUAGUUGGCCUUUGUUUGUUAUAGUACACAGCACCUUCCUAGGGAUAAGGGUCAACAGUAAGGCUUUAUCAUGUUUCUCAUUAGGCAUGUCUUUCCUUCUCCUCGUACCAGAAAUGGCCUCUAUCACUUCCCAGUAUGGCUGCCUUUACCUAAUGAGAAGAAUACCAGAGAAGGUGAAUCUGGCUCUAGUGCUGAAUGCUGGUAGGGAGGGAGUGUUUCUGCAGCUUGGAGUAUGUUUCCUAGAAUCAAAAUGCUGACAGACCAAGAGAGAGUCAGGCUCCAGCCUUGCAGUUACAGACCUAUGGGGAGUCUCCACCUCCUCUGGCAUGUCUAACCAAGGGCAAGAUUAGAUGAGAAGGACAGGAGGCCACAAAUCUUUUAUUGGAAAUAUGGUAGUUCUUAAAAUGACUGGGUGGACCUCUAUCACUACAAAAUGUUUUGCUUCAUCCUUGCAACCAUCUCUCAAAAUGUUGGUACUACCUGGAAGCAAAGAGAGAACAUGUAUGUUAGUAGCUGCACUAAAGGUUUCAUUGCCUGGUUGCCUUCCCAGUGUUGAAAUGUAUACAGCUCUCCUUUGUGGUGGCUAUUGCUUCCUUUUUUCUUUUUCUUUUAAAUAACGCACAGCAAAAACUUCUGUGCCUUGUUUAAGCACUGCCCAAAGCACCGCCUGCCACAUGGAAGCCUGGUACUUUGCCAAGAGAUAAAGUGUUCCUUAAGCAAAAAUGAAACUUAAUGGCAUGUUUGGAUUUUCUUUCAACAACCCCCUUCACCUUCCAGAUUGGUCACUGAAUUUCAUCACAAGUUCACGGUAGACCGAUGGAAAUUUCUUAUUCUGAUGUAAAGAGGACUUGAAUGCCAGGCUCAGUCAACUGCCAAUAUCCAGGGGGGAAAUACCCAUCAUCAGCCAUCUUAAUUGAGAAUAAGCCACCAUACCAUCCCUCAUCCACUUAAUUUCCUUCCAGAUAUAUCCACUUCAUUCCUUUCAUCUGAACUGUACACACUGGGUGGAAUGGGGCGGGGCGGGGCGGGGACUGCCAUCUUUGGCUAUGAGAUCUACUAGAUUUUUUUAAAAAAACUCUAAUUUAGUUAUGUUCUAAGGGUUACACUGCUUCAAAGGUCAUUUUUCUAUUUUAAAGACUUGCAAAAAAUGGUGGUGUUAAGUGCUUGCAUAAAUAUUUAUGAAAUAUUUUGGGGAGGGAGGGGACACUGAUUUUUUUAUUUGUUUGAUAUUUUUAUUACCUCAAACGUUUUGGAAGGAAAAAAAAACACUGUGGCACUUAGAGUCACUCCCAGAAAAAUCUGUAAUUGACAGGUUGCAUUGAGGGGUCUGGCCUAUGUUUUAGUUCAUACAUUUUUCUUUCUUGUAUCUAGCUUCCUCACUUAAAGGAGGGUGGGAGAGGGAAAUAAUUAUAUAAAUAUUAUGCAAAAAAUAUAUAGUUUUCUUUAGAUCAGAAACAGAUAAGUCAGCCAUAUGUAUUUUGUUUAAAGGAAACAAAGCUGUGAGUUAUGUCACUGCAGUGGAAUGUGGUCACAUGGCUGGCAGUUGAAACUUAAUGAUUGGUCAGACUCCAGCUAGCUUCCUUUCUCUGAACAGCCAUCUUUGUACUAAAGUCAGUUGUGUUAUACAGAAAUGUUUUUAUAUAAAUUAUGUUGGUAUGGCUGGUUGCUUAAAGUAUAAGUGUUUAUUGUGCAUAUAUUUUAAUGUAAUUUCUUUCUAUUUUAGUUUUUAUGAUAAACUGGCAGCAAUUGACUGGGCUUAAGUUAUUAAGGACCCAUACAAUAUUUGGUGGUGAUGCAAUGCUUUAGAUAAGACAUGGCCUCCAAUCAACAGAUACAUGUGUGCAUACACUUAUCAAUCAAAUCGCUGGCAUUUGGGGGUUUCACAGCACUGGUCACUUGCUUGGAGAGUAGAGGGGAAAGGGGGGAGGACCUUGAUGCAGUUCCUUCAUUUUCACAGACAGAUUGAUUGAUAGUACUGUUAUAAUUGGACUGUGCCAGCCACCUGUCAGGGAAAAGGCAUGCAGAUCCAAGCCAGCAGGGAUCAGCACAGUCAUCCCCAGGUAUGGGAAGUAGGUUUUUUAAAACUUCACAUAGCAUCCUUUGUGUAUAUUUGGAUUGUACCCAAACAAGGUUAUACACUCAUGGAAGCUUGCUUCAGUGUGCAAUCUAACCUUUUUGGAUCAGGAUAGUGGUAGACUAUAAUUUUUCUGAAAAUAUACCUUGAAGGACUAAAAGGUCUUUACUGCCAAUAGAGUGAGCAAGAGAGGGAAGAAUAAUUGAUUGUGUCAUGCCAUACAGGAAAUGAGGUAAUAUCCUGUGAGGUGUGUUAGUUUGCUUGGGAAUGCUGUGUUUUUUUAAGAAAAGGAAAAUUCCUUGAACAUAGUUUUACAUCCAGUUCUUAAUAGUAGAAAUUUAUUCUUUUGUUAAAUAAAUUGGCAGAUUGGUACCAAAGACAUCACUUCCUGUGUGCAAUGGAGAAUAUCCAUUUUUAGGGUUAUGAUUAUAUAAUUGGUUCUUUUUAUUGAUUUGCACAGGGAUCUGACUUAAUUUUUCAAAAGUUUGUGCAAUAAGUUUUAAGAAAAUAUUAUUUAAAAAAAAGAUGACAAUUCCAGAAGAAAAACAAAUCUAAUGGUAAUUUUAGCCAUGGGCACGUAUAGACAAAAAUACAUAUGCCAACCAUGCUUACGAGUGGCAUUUAUAUAGUAGUUCAAACUUCUGCAUAUGCUUCACUUGCCUCUUUCACAUGCCCACCAGGUAAGGUGGGGCUGAAGCAAAAUGUAGGACCCAUGAAGUGAGUCCAGCUCAAUAGGCCUGUUUGCAAGGGUUUGUAUUCAAAGAAUCUGUCUUUCCCACAAAAUUCCCCCUCCCCAGUUCAGCAAAUGUUUCUGAUCUACUUUGCUUUUAUGUGAUAUAAGAGUAAAUGGUUGAGAUUGUUGCAGGGUUGAUACCAGUCACAGCUUUAAAGUGGAAGAAAUGUAGGUUCCAUAUGUGUCCUGGAAGUGUUACAUGUCCACAUUUCUGCUGUUCCCAUUAAUUCAAGAGGCCAUAAGUCAUCUUACUUCUUUACAAGGGUCCUCUUGACAGGGAAUUUUCAGCAGAAAUACUUGAUGAACAAAUGGUAUCAUGAGUAGAGAGAGUAUUGCUUGAACUAUCUCCUCCUUGUGUGUGAUGCUUUUAUGCCAACCUCAAUAUUCCUUUGUAGCCAAUGCAGUUGUAACCCAUUGUUCUCUUCUCAUUCUUGGUUGUGCUUUAUGGUGGCAAUAUCCUAUUAACCAAAAAGAAGAAUCCAAACUACAAAUUCAUGUACCCUUUAACAUUCCCAUGGCUAAGAUUACUUGUUUUGUUUUUUUCUGACCAUAAAUAAAUAUAUAUACACUAUUAGACUUAAUAUUUGUAUAUAUAUUUAUCUAAAUAAGAAACUUUUCUAAACAAGCAUGCAGAUAAGAAUUUAUGGGUUUUUCCCUUUUUUCAGUAACUAGUAUGAUAAGCACUGGUAUUUUUGUAUAAAAAAUUAAAAAAACAAAAGACUGAAUAUUAUGUGGUAUGCAUGACAUUAAAAAAAAUGGUGGUUUCAAAGCAAUAUGUACCCUGGUGUGUUUGCCAUAUUCUAGAGUCCAGCUUAAAGUGCACCUGAUCUGUAAUUGCAUUUUGAUAUUAUUUAAUCUCUAUGUACAAUGUUUUGCAUGUAUUUAUAUGGUUCUUGGGAAGAAAUUUUGGGGUUGGGGGGCAGAACUAUGGGAUUGGGAUGAUUGUCAUCUAGUUUCUUCUGAAACAUUUGAAACUUCAAACGUAGAUAAUGACUGAGAACAGGACGGGGAAACCAAGCCAAAUUUUUUUUAAGGUGCAGCGGGGGGGGGGGGGCAUGUUUUGAAUUAAUAAAGCUUUUUUGCUGUUGAGCAGAAACAAUGCGCGAGUGCGUUGAGAGAAUAAACUGUGCCCACUUGUAACUGUGAUGUCUUCAAUACAUGUCCCACCACUUUAUGAAGUCACUGAUCAUCUAUUGAAGCUGAGAUAAAGGAUAACCUCAAUGAAUGUAGACGUCUUGACCUGGAGUCAAAUCAUAGUGUAAAACUUAUGCUGAUGUAUUUCAAAAAAAGCUAAACUAAAGUCUUAUCAGUUUUGUAAAGUUACCCAUAUCCAGUGUGCAGACAUGCACAACCUGUUUUGUGCCACUUCUAGCUUCUAUUUGGUCUCAGCAAGGUCCAGAAAGAGCCAUCAAAUACUAGUUGAAACUAAAGAUAUGCAUACCAGCUCUCUAGAAGAGAAUUUUAGCAGAAAACAGAAAAAUACAAUUUUUUGACAAAUGUGCAUUUUUUAAAAAAAAAAUGGGCCCAGAAAAUAGAGGGAAAACAUAAAUAAGUAUAUUAAAUUUAAAGUAGCUCUCCAAUUUGUAAUGAUUAUACAUACGAUAGUAUUUGUAAGCAAGUUACUAAUGUUAUUUAUUUCUAACACUUUUGGACUGGAUCCUGUCUUCCACUAAUGGAAGUCACUUCCAUCAUUUCCUCCCCACACUGUUCCAGGGAAAUCCAUUGACCUUCAAAGGUAUAAUUGUGAAGGGGGGAGGGAGGGAGCAGGCUGCAGCAGGAACUAGGAGAUUUGAAAGUUUUCUUCUGGUGGCGCUAGUUGGGCCCUAUAGCUUUGUUUCCAAGAAAGUCCAACAUUAUGUCCAUAAAUAAAAAAUAUUUGAUGUGUGUAGUUUCUUACAUGGAAGAAAUCUUUUUUGCUUCCAAUAACACCUAAAUGAGCAUACAACUAUAAUAACUCAGUUUAUAUACCAGUAUUUGAGCAUUUAAUACUAACAUAAUAAAUGUACACUGCUUUGGACAGUGUAGUGUAGAUGCAGCCAGUAGAUUCCAAGAUUUUAUGCAUGCUUCCAAUAAAACCAGAAAAGUACAAAAUUGAUGCAUAUACUUUUAUCACAAACGGAAUGAAGGCUAAUUGCCUUACCCCAAGGCAUGGUUUCACAGUACACAUGCAUUAUUUUUGACAAUAUAGCUGUCCCACAAGUUGGUACAUGUGCAGCUUCAAAAUUGAGCAUAUAAAGACCCUCUGAGGCCAUUUUGCUCAAGGAAAACAGCAUGGGGCAAAAGCCAAAGCUCUUCCUACAGGUUGCACUCUCAAUCCAAAUCAUACUCUAGGUCACUUGGGAAAUUUGUUUCCUGCUACCAGUAGUAAGAUUUGGCACUGAUGUGGUCGAAUGGGAUUGUCCAGUAUCAUGUCUGAAGUGGUCCAUGUUAUCCCAACAGAAAGUGAUGUGUUUGCUAUAUGUGAGUUUUGCAUUCUUCAAGAUAUUUGGGGGAGGGUUGAUUUUUUUGAACAAUGAAGACAUUCACAAACAUUAGGAUAACAUUCUACCAAAUUUCAGCGUAGUGAUAGGCCAGAAUAUAAAAAUAAUUAUUCAACAGCAGUGGAAAAUUAAUAAUUAAUACCCAAUGAGGGCUAGUGUUGAACUCUGCAAAUACCAUUCCAUACGUAGCAAACCUGAGAUUGGAAGGGAUGUUUACACUUUACCCCAAGUUUCUUCAUGCUUUAGACAACCUAUAGAUUAGAUCAGAAUUUGUAGGGGACCAGUAAGGUAAUGAAUGCUACUAGACUUUCCCCUGGCAUGAGACAUGUCUCUCAUGAUGACACUUCUUAAAUUACAAAGGUAUUAUUUGAGGUAAACCCCAACUUCUUUCAGGACAUGCUUCUUAAGAAACCAAUAGUUAAAUAAAAAGGCAUUCUUUGGUCACAUUCAAGUUUCCAGAUUGGUAAACAAGGGGAUGCAAAUACUGGAUUUUGACUUUAAUAGGGAAAUUAGCAGGUUCUGGUUGUUCCUUCACUGUACCAACAAGAUAGAAGAGGCUACAUCUGCAAAUUCAGUUUCCUGUACAACCUUUUUAAAAAAGAAAGAAAAUCCUAGAAUUAAUCUGGCACCCUUCUUGAGUUCUGUGCACAUUUUGAUUAUUUUGCCUACCAAGCUUCUGGCCAUGGCCUUAUUCCUAAGAUCAUUCUAUGUGCUGUGGUUUGAAUAAGACUGAAUAUGCAGAAAGUCAAGUUUCAUGUGGCCCACUAUCAUAAUUUAAAGGCUGUUAAGCAGACUGUGUGUGUGAUAUUGACACGACAGUGGCUUUCAACAUCCAUAGACAUAUGGACAUAAACAAAAUGCUGGAUCUCAUAGCACCUUGCACAAGCAGUGUUUUUUGUACACUCAAUGCCUCAUCUAACGGAUUCACAUAAAGCUAAAACAAGUGACCAAAUAUACAAUGCAGAAGUUUUUGGAAGCCUAGCAAAAUAAUUUGUUAAAACUGAUCUCAGGCUGAGUGGGGGAAAAGAAGCUGUGGUUUUCCAAAGGGUCAUGAUCUUCUCGGUACUCUACUUUUUAUGAUAUUGCAGAUUUAUUUGCAACAAACCUCUGAACCAAAUGUGUGCUUGGCAGGAUAUUAGAUGAUUGCAAGUCCUACAGUAGUAACCCUGGGCUUUAAAAAACAUCAAGGUUAGAAAAAGACUCUAAUGAAAAGUAGUGUAUAGCUACAGAGCUAAGUAUUUUCCUUAACUGACUGCCUUUUCUAUGCUGCUAUACAAACAUGCCAAAUUCCUUGUGGCUUGACUUUUACUUUCAAAUAGCUAAUUAAUGAUUCACAUGAGCAUUGUCUGAUCUCUGUGGCCUAUGUGCUCUGUGGUUCUUUACUGUGUCACCUGUGCUACUUGUGCCAUAAUUUAGUAGAUGUGAAAGCUGCCAUCUCUGUGCCUUUCAACCAGCCCACCACUGCCCAACCUCACUGUUCUCUCUUCUGUGGAAUUGACAGUGCUGGUUCUUUGCAGCUACUGCUUCGUAAGACUUGAACGAUUUGAGACUUAAGGUUGCAAUCAAUUCUAGUAAUAUCAUAUUAGCAAGCUGGAUUCUGGAUCAGAUGGACAAUAGGUUAAUGCCUUUUAAAGGGCCUUUUAAAUCGUUUCAUUUUAAUGGCACACAGUUCAGACUUCCAUUGGGAACCUGCUGCAAGUGCAGGAUAUGAGGGAAUUACAUAGAAUAAUAGCUAGACCAGAGAUCUUCACAGCACAUUUCUUUUUUUAACCAUAAUUGUUGACAAUCAUAGUCAAACUAUAUUUCAUGUAAGGCCACCUUUCAGUUGGUUCAAAUAAUUAAAUUUCCAUUGGGUCCAAACAUUUUUGUUAACAUCUGCCCAAAUGAACCAAGCAGGAUAUUCUGUAGAAUUUGUUUGCCUUAAAAUGGGCUGGCGUGCAAUCUCCACGUAAAUAGAAUGAGAAGUGCAAAACAGUAUUGUUUGGUGGUCUGGAUGAAUUUCUUGGCAAAUGCAUCUCUUUUGAUACAGGUGAGAGUCAUUUUAUUUCACCUGGUGAUCUGAACUGAAAGCCGGUGGACUGUAGCAGACCUUGAGAAAGCAAACUUUCAGAACAAGGCUGCUUGCCAGUUGUUCCCCGAAAUCAAACCCUUGGGUGCCCAAAGAAUGCUUGCUUGGAAAACAUAUUUUCAUCCAGUAAUAGUUGGAGAGGAGAUCUGUAGCUUAAGAAAAAAGUAGUUGUACCUAAUUAAAAAAUAAGGUAAGAUCUUUAUCUAUUGAAAUAGCUCACAAUAAUUACCAAAUUUGUAAGGUGCUUGGAUUUGUUCCCUUUCAUAAAUUCACCUUCAAAUAGUAUAGGCCUAGAUGCAGAGAGGAAUCAAAUCUGCCCAUUGGCAUGUGAAGCAGACUUGUGGGAGAGGGGAAUGAAAUCAUCUGUCCAUAAAGAGCUAGAGCCAUUUCUGAGGAGACGUCUGGCAAUCAAAAGCUGCUCCUUAGCUAUGUCCCAGUUUGUGACCAUGGGUUACACCAAUACCAAGUGCUUUGGUCUUGGUGAACUGCUACAUU